CCUUUAAUUAGUGACCCACAAUUCCUCAUUACAAAUGUCUGCGCCCAUGUUUCACAUGUGAAAUUUCAAAUAAACAUGACAAACUUACAACAAUUAGAGGUUAUAGUGCUUCAACAAAAUAAUCAAUCAUGUGUAGACAACUCAUCAAAAUAUUCAGAAGUUGUUAAAAAAUUCUGUGAUGGUCAAUAUGGCUUUGUUUUAAAUCAAGAUUUUGCUAAACAGAUUUUCUCAGAGCACGGUGACACAAGAGCUUCUCUGGAAUCAUUGCUACAUGAGAAUAUAGAACAGAUAUUACAUGCAGAAUGUGAAGAUCAGUUGAAAGAAAGGGAGUUGGAGAUUUUACUUGUUGCCGUGUCAUGUCUACAGCUGUUUGUACAGAAUAACUGGCUCGGACCACGGCCAUCAAAAUUCUGCCCAUCACAAAUACUACCACAUCAUCUCUGUGGUGAAAAGAUUAGUGUAUUUCUAGAAGAUGAACUCAGUAUAGAUGGUGAACCUAUAUACAGCCUUGCUGCAUACCCUGAAUUCUUAUACAUUGCUAGAUUUUUAUUACUUGAAUGCAGGAAUAGAUAUAAACAUCUUCAGACAGUAAACUGGUGGCAGAUGAGAUGUAUAAAUGUACAUCAGCAAGUUCUCGACAGCAAGUCAAACACGUUGAGAGAAACUGUCAUACAACUCAUAGACCUAAUUCAGAAGACGGAACCAUUGAUGACAGAUGACAGGUACAAGGAUUUACAGGUACAGUUUCAUGUAGAGGCAGGUAACCUAAGUCAUGUGUUCUACAGGUAUAGGGAAGCACAUGAACACUUCAACACAGCUAAGAAAAUUGCUGAUAUCAAUAUUCAACUCACAGGUGCUAUGGGUAAAAGAACAAGGUUCCAGGUAGAUGAUAAGGCUCAGUUAUUACUGGAAGUCACAAGAAAUUCUGUUAGUUCCUCAGAUGUAGACUGUACACAAGUGGAGGUCUCACAUACUAACUCCAGUCUUCCAAAGGACCUGAAUCUAGAUGAUGACACUAUUCUAAAUGCUAUCAGCUUUACAGAUGGGGAUGUAAAAUCUACCCAGGUAUCUGCAACAGAACAGGCUCUUAUUCUAGGAGUCAUGGAAGAUUACAGAAGAAGUCGGGCAAGUCAUGAUGAGUUAACAGAGGAAGAAGUUCAGGCUUAUCUAACAUAUGUUCUAGGUCAGAUGAGGUCAUGGAGUGUAGGUGUGGCAGGGUUGCUAUUGAGGUCAAAGUUAGAGAAAGGCAGCAGUCGGAGAUUAGAGAGAUCCAUGAGACAAAUUGAGGAGUUGUUUAAUCAGACAAUGAGGGAGGAGCCAUCUGCAGGUCAGAGGUCACAUCUUUUCUACGCUGUAAAGAUAGUUCCUGUCUGGGAUAUGCAGAAACAACUAGCUGAACUAUUGUUGGCACUGGGUGCUAUUGGUUCAGCUUUACAGAUCUAUGAGGAGCUAGAGAUGUGGGAGGAAGCUGUGGCCUGCUACCAGAGACUUGGUAAAUCUGAAAAGGCAGAGACAGUGAUAAGAGAGCAACUUGCUGUGAGAGAAACUCCGAACUUGUGGUGUUUCCUUGGUGAUAUAACACGCAAUAUUGAACAUUAUGAGAAAGGUUGGGAGUUAUCUAAACAUAGGUCAGCACGAGCUCAGAGAUGUAUGGGAUACUUGUACUUUGCUAAAGAACAGUAUGCAAAGUGUUUAGAAUGUUUUGAGAAGUCUCUGAAUGUUAAUGCUCUACAGGUACCAGUUUGGUUUACAUAUGGUUGUGCAGCAAUGGCAGCUAAAGAUUUCAAUCUUGCUGUGAGAGCAUUCCAAAGAUGUGUGAGCAUAGAUUAUGAUAAUUUUGAGGCAUGGAAUAAUCUGGCAUCCUCAUAUAUAAAACUAGGGAAAAAGAAUAAAGCAUUUAUGACGUUAAAAGAUGCAAUAAAAUGUAACUAUGAAAACUGGAGGAUCUGGGAAAAUUAUUUACUGGUUGGAACAGAUUGCGGGGAGUUUGGUGAAGUUAUAAGGGCCUAUCACAGAUUAUGUGAUCUGAAGGAGAAAUGGGUUGAUGAAGAGAUAUUGGGUAUACUUGUUAGAGCUGUUAAUGAGAACCUACCAGAUGCUCAAGGUAAUCCAGCAAAAAGAAUAGAACCAAAACUUCGUGAACUGUUUGGAAGAGUCACUUCAAGGGUGACUGAUAAAGCUGAAAUCUGGAGAUUGUACGCUCAGUUGUGUACUGAUGAUCAAGAUAAGAUGUUACAGUACCUUCAGAAAGCACAUAGAUGUGUGAUGCAGGCAUCAAACUGGGAGAAAGAUAUAGAUCAGUGUUAUACUGUAGCCCAGCAGUCUCUACAACUUGCUGACAGCUACGUCUCAGCUAGUAGUGUGGCGAAAACUUCAACGCAGUCUCUACAGUUGAUGUCAUCAGCAAAAUUAAUGAUAAAAGGUGUUCUCACUAAAAUUAAGCAACAACAUACAGAUCCUAUAACAGAGAGUAUACCAUCAGACAAGAUACGAGAUUUAUGUUCACAGCUACAAGAACAACUAGAUAAUCUUAUACACAAUAUACAACAGUUAAAACUUGACCAAUAGAGUGACUGGUGAUAAUGGUCAAACUGGAAAUUAAAAAAACUGAAAAUCAAUCAAUUUACAUGUAAUAUACUAAAUUCUAUGGUCAAAUAAAUGAAUAUUAUUCAUAUAUUGAAUUGUAUGUUUGAAACGACAAUGGUUCUAUGUACAUGUACAAAGAAAAAUAAUCAUCUUGAUUUAUAGUGAAUAGGUCUACAAUAUAGUUGAAUAUACACUUUUUCUACAAGUAUUUCAAAUAAAUUAAUAAAAACAAUAGAAGUGUAUCAUUUGUAAUUAUUUUAUAAAAUAUUGCUUUGAAAGAAAAAAUGUUGAUAAAAUGAUUUAGAAUAAACAUUUUUAUGGUGGUUAAAAAUAUAUUGUUCUAGAACAAUUUAUUAUCUGCUAUAUAAAUAUAUGUUAUAAUAUUGUGUUGACUCUUGCCAACAACAUCCAUUUAUAAUUCUUUCUAGGUUUGCUGUGAUUUAUGAUACUAAAUACUUUCAACAUGAUUAUUUAAUGCAGACCUUCCAUUAUAGACCUAUUCACUUUAAGCAUAAAAGAUAAUUGCUGUCUGAUUAAUAAACCGUAAUAUAGCAACAAACAAACAGUUAUCUUGACCCUUGGGAGUCAAAUGAUCAAUUUCUACAUGUAUAAAACCAUUUAAACUUCUCCAGAAGAACCUGUUCUAUAUAGCUAACUUAAUUGAUAAGAAAAAGUAUCAUUUGGUCCUCUGCAAAUAUCAUGCAAAUCAUUCCUGCAGGAUCAUAACUGGUUCUUUCCCAUGGUCACUUAGUGACUUACUUUACUUAGAUUUGCAUAGGAAAAUACAUUUAAAUAAUCGUCACUUAAAUCGAUGGUUUAGUAGCGGAGGUUUUAUCAUGAAGUUUUCUAUAAAAGUUAUUUAAAUUAUGACCCUGACAAAAGUAAUUAUAAAUUUACAUCUGGGACCAAAAAAAUGUUUUGCUCACAAGCCCUGUGAGCCCCUUAUUUUAUUGUACAAAGAAUAAAACUACAAAUUAAAACAUUUACCUUCACCUUAUAUGUUAGUACUAUAGUGUAUAGGAAA